CCUCUCUCCCUCGCUGCUCUCUUUUUUUCUCUCUCUCUUUACAAGAAAGACUGGUUCUUGUAGAAAGAAGUAUUUCAAUAAACAACUUCUUCCUUUCUCGUCGUUUCUGUUUCAUUUAAAUGGCUGGUCCCAAACUCGGUAAGAAAGCGGGUUCUAAAUUAGGAAAACCCCCUACCAAGAAGAAGCAAAAGAAGGAACCUCUGCCACCUAAGCCACUUGAAAAGGAAGAUCUUUUUAUUAGUGACGGUGAAGGAACAGAUGGGGAUUUUGAAGAAGAUGAUGGAGGUUUUGGUGAUGAAGAACAACAGGAAAUGAACUCAGAUUCUGACAUGUCUUCUGACUUGGACGACCCCUUUGCUGCUGAUAUAUUAGCAAGUGGUGAUGCUGACGAUGGUUCAGCAGAUUCGGAUGUAGAUUCUGAUUCAGAUGCAGAUGAUACUGAUCUUGUAAGGAAGUCAAAAGCUAUUGAUGAAGAAACGGAAAGAGUGAAGGAGGACGCUGAAGCAGAAUUGCAGCUUAAUAUUAAGGAAGAAGCUGAUGAGUUCAGACUGCCAACAACCGAGGAGCUUGAAGAAGAAACACAUAGACCCCCGGAUCUCUCUAAUCUCCAAAGGAGGAUAAAAGAGAUUGUUCGAGUGCUUUCAAAUUUUAAAACAUUGAGGCAAGAGGGUGUGACACGGAAGGAUUAUGUUGAUCAACUUAAAAGGGACUUGGGUUCAUAUUAUGGAUACAAUGAUUUUCUGAUUGAGGUGUUAGUGGAGAUGUUUCCCCCUGUUGAGCUGAUUGAACUUAUUGAAGCAUUUGAAAAGCCCCGCCCGAUUUCUCUACGGACAAACACUUUAAAGACUCGCAGACGGGAUUUGGCUGGUGUUCUUCUGAACAGAGGUGUCAAUUUGGACCCGUUAAGCAAAUGGUCAAAGGUACGAGGAUUAACU